UUAUGCCCUUUUUACGUUCUUUUAGGCUGAUCUCUCUGCCAAAGCCAGAAGCUUCCGACUUUCUUUUGGUACUGAUAUACCGUCUCUUGUAACUUUCGAAACGGCUUUUCGUUUUCUGCCAGUCCCAACCAACACCAGUUUUCUCAUUGAUAGCCGCGGCCAUCUCAGUGUAUGCGGCUGUUUUCGUUCCUUUCUUUUUUAUGCCUGGUGCUGACUGCUCGCCUGCGCCUGACCACUUCUCGAAGUUUUCACGAAUGGUAAGCCAGUUGACCAUUACUUCACAUACUUCAUUUGAAGUGUGAUCUCGGCUGGCCUUUUGUACACAAAAGAUACCGAAGUUAACUUUAACUCAUUUAAAUGAAAGGUAACGUUAGUGUCUUUUUCCCUACAGGUGAAGUCUCAUUAUGGACCGUGGUGGUUGCAUUUGUGGUGUGUUCGUUUGUCAUAUUGAGCAGAAAGGAGUAGAGUUUAUUUCGACGCGUCUUACGCGUGUAAAAAUGAUAGUUCCAUCCCAACCCAGAAUUUGCAAGUCACAAGCGCAAGAAAAGCGCAUUUCUUGCAAGAAAAGCAGCUCAGAAAGUGCUUUUCUUGACUAGAAAUUUUUGCAUUUCUUGCGGAAGAAAUGCGGUUUUUCGGCUGUUAAAAAGCAGAAAUUCCCAAGCGUGAAACCCCCUAUUAUGCUUUCUUUAAUACAUCACUGCUGAAAAUUGGUUUGUCAAAGUUGACAGACUCUGAUAGACUCGCCAAGAUUAUAUAACUUUCAGCUCCCCACUCCUACUUCGAAAAGUAGAAGCACGAUGUCAACCCGGCGAUAGCUCGAAGGCC